UGAUCUCUGGGAUGUUUCCUGAGAGCAGUCAAACUGACCCCCGUGUUUACAAUUAGACCCAGGAAAACACCUUUUGUCACUCCUCUGACACUAGGUACAAGACUUUGAAAGUUGCCACUGCUCGUAGAGAGGUCUACCAUCCUUUGGGUUUCCUUCUGUGCUCAGUAUUUACUUGUUUUCAACAAGUUACAAUCAGGAAAAGGGAUGGUUUCACUGAUAAUCCAGUCUAGAACUCUACUGAGAAAGGAAGGUAGCCUGAGGCCCAGAAAUCAGAUUGUGGGUUUGUGGGACUCUCAGCAACGUAAACAGAGGAACGGAUUUUUCCAAAACAGUAAAUUUAAAUGGCACUGUUUAAGCUUCCCCUGAUGUUGUUGGGUUGGAAGUUAAAGCACAUGGUCCUGAGUGCUCCUGUAGAAACCUCACUGUUUAAAUAUGCCUCUGUGCCUCAUUUCAUCUCUUUUCAAAUGGAAUUUCCCUGCAGUCAUUGCCGAGGGAAUGACUCCGCCACAAAGGAUCCUCUUUCCCCCAGAGAAGAUUUGCAUGGUCUGGCAGCAAAGACAGAGUGCUGGAGCAGGACUCCUCAAUAUGGGCAACACAUGCUUCCUUAAUGCUGUCCUGCAAUGCCUGACAUACACGCCACCGCUGGCCAACUAUCUGCUCUCCCGGGAGCACAGCCAGGCCUGUCGCCAACAAGGCUUCUGCAUGAUGUGCACCAUGGAAGCGCAUGUUAACAAGGUCCUGCAUUCCUCAGUCAGUGCCAUCCUGCCUUUGGCUGUUCUCAGGGGUUUCAGAUUCAUAGGAGAACAUUUUCAGCUUGGCAGGGAGGAAGAUGCCCAUGACUUCUUAUGCUGUACUGUCAAUGCCAUGCAGAGAGCUUGUCUGAGUGCAAGCAACGACUUGGACAUAUCAUCUCAAUCUACUACCAUUGUCCAUCAAAUAUUUGGAGGCUUUCUGAGAUCCAGAGUCAUCUGCUUCAGCUGCAAAGCCAUUUCUGAUUCCUAUGAGGCCUUCCUGGAUGUCCCUUUGGAUAUCAAAGCAGCCUCAUCCCUCACUGCAGCUCUGGAGGACUUUGUAACACCUGAGCACCUGGAUGGUGAAAACUGCUUUAAAUGUAGCAAGUGUGAGAAGAAUGUUGCCGCCACUAAGAGGUUCACUGUCCACUGUGCACCCAAGGUUCUCACAGUGUGUCUGAAGAGGUUUGACUGCUUCACUGGCGGGAAGAUCAGCAAGGUUGUAGAUUAUCCGGAGUACUUGGAUCUUCGCCCAUACAUGUCUCAGGCAGAUGGAGAACCACUCCUCUACUCCUUAUAUGCUGUCCUGGUGCACAGUGGUGUCAGCUGUCAUGGAGGACACUAUUUCUGCUACACAAAGGCCAGCAAUGGAUUGUGGUACCGGAUGGACGAUGAAUCUGUGGAGCUGCGUUCCAUUGACACAGUUCUCAGGCAGCAAGCCUACCUGCUGUUCUAUGCCAGAUGCUCUGAUCUGAGAAUUGGAGAAAGGGCUUCUUCCUCACUGGCACUAUCACAUGCCCCUUCCUUCCUCAGUCAGUGUGUGGCCCGCAGCAAGCAGGCGGGUUCUGUUGGACCACAGGGUCUGACUGGUAGGACUAAGGGCAUGAAGUACACUGGCAGGGAGCGGUCCCGGAGCAGAUUCCCUCUGUGGGGCUGGGAUCUCCGCAGCUGGUCUGUGGACACCACAGACUAUGAUGACUCUUCAGAGAGAAGAACUGGUCCUCCAAGUCGUGACCGUGGUCCUAGGGAUAGCACAGCUGCAAGGCCUUCCAAGAGGAUCUGCCAGUGGGCUCCUGCUCCCAGGGCUGCUCAGGAGCAAACCUUGCUGAGGCAGAGGGAGCCAAGCAGAUCUGUGCGGGGAACUUACAACCUUCGCAGCCGGUUUGUGCAGUACACAGACUAUGACCGCUCACUGAGGAAGAGAAAGAGGGAGAGAACAAGUCCUCCACGUUGUGACCAAGUCUUAGUGAAUACUGCAGUUCCAGGGCCCUCCAAAGCCAGCUCCAAGCAGGCUCUCAUGCUCAGGGCUGCUCGGGAGCAAGCCCGACAGAGGCAGAGAGAGCAGAGAAGAUCAACAUGGCGGGGCUAUGAUUGCCACAGCCAGUUUGUGCAGUACACAGACUACCGCCCUUCAGAGAAGAAGAGGAGGUACAUUGAUGACAUCAUUGUAUGGGGGGACACAGUGGAAGAAGUUUUCGAGAAAGGAGAGGAAAUCAUCCAGAUUCUCCUUGAUGCCGGUUUCGGCAUCAAGAAGAAUAAGGUCAACGGACCUGCCAGAGAGAUCCAGUUCCUAGGGGUGAAAUGGCAAGAUGGACAACGCCAGAUACCAACAGAUGUCAUCAAUAAGAUUGUAGCCAUGGCUCCACCGACCAACAAGAAGGAGACGCAAGCUUUCCUGGGGGCCAUAGGCUUCUGGAGAAUGCACAUUCCUGAGUAUAGCCAGAUUGUGAGCCCUCUUCACUUUGUGACCCGUAAAAAGAAUACCUUUCAAUGGGGUCCUGAACAGCAGCAGGCAUUCAAACAAAUCAAGCAAGAGAUUGCACAUGCCGUGGCUCUUGGACCAGUUCGGACGGGACCGGACGUGAAGAACAACAAAGAAGAUACUCCUAUACUUGAGUGA